AUGAGUGAUACUAAGGAUCACCCUGAACGCGACACUGAGGAGAACAAACCUAUCAUUUUCGAAUGGACUGCUGAACUUGUGAAGAUUGGAACCUCUCGCGGCGACAUACAUCCGGCAAUUGGUCCCCUCGAAUUCCACAAGGACUCUGCGGUAUGUAAGUACCGGCCCGGUAUGACUCUACCAGACCCUACGGAUACACAGGAGUGUCUGAGGUGGGUUGGACUAUCCGACAAGAAGAUAGUUGAGAUAGAACAAAAGUUCAAUGAACUAUAUCCAGAUUAUGAAGGACCUAGGUGUGGAUAUAGUGAGAAAUUCAAGCAGUAUGCAUAUACCUACAAUGAGAUUACGUUCCCUAAGAUUGAGGAAAUCCUGAACAUGUUCAUUCGAGGUAUGCAUGAUGACCACGAUGAGUUUGAAUACACCCAUAAGGGCUACAUUCAGAAGGGUAUCCAGCUAGGCCUCCGGCCGGAGUUCGCGAUAUUCUGUGGACUACAUAAUACCGAUCCCCGAGCCAUUGAAGACCCCCGUCUAUUCGAGGAAACGUGGUUUAAUUUGGGUCCAGCAGAUAUUAUGAGUGAUACCCUAAUCCUAUUUUGGAUGAGACUUAAGGAAUUCAUGGUGACGAAGUUGUUAUACGAGGAGAAGGCAUGGAGCGAUCGUUAUGGAAGAUGGUUGGUCUACGAGGGGGAAAGUAUUGAUGAAGCAAAGGCAAGAGUGGAUGAUCGAGAGAUUCAAAGGCUAAAAGGGCAAGCGACAAAGGAAAAUGAGGAAACAUUGGAACGUGAGGAACAAGAGCGGGAAAGAGAGAACGCCGAAGAUAUGGCAAGAUGGGCAGAAGAAGAUAGGCUGGAGGCAGAGAUGCUACAGCGACAAAGCGACAAAGCUGCACGGUACAAAGACUAG